GUUAGUGUUUUUACCACACUUGGUAUUAUUGGAUUAUUUACUAACAUUUUAGUAAUUAAGAUUGUCUAUCGAAACUCUAAAUUAAAAAAUACACCUAGUUUUUUGAUACUUCAUUUAGCCAUAGCCGAUAUUCUAUCUUCUGGCCAACCUAUCGUCAUUGGAUUUGCUUUAAUGUAUUUAGCACCACUUAACUGGCCGCAUCAAUCGAUCAUGAUGAUAUGUCGACUUGCCUUUUAUUGGUGGCUAGUGGGUUAUUCUCUAUCUGCUGCCAUGCUAACACUGAUUAGUAUCGAACGCUAUCGAGCAAUUAUCCAGCCAAUUAAAUUACGACUAGCUGGUAGACGGUUAAAUUAUAUUAUUCUAAGUUUAUGGAUAGCUUGCUUUAUUAUCUCAUUGCCUAUCACAUUAUUAGCCGAUGUGGAUCCAAUCUAUUACUUUGAUUGUCAAGUAGAAGUAGAUCUAUAUCCUACCUUUGCGGACAUUUAUUUUACUAUCAUUACCGUUGCGGUGUAUUUUUUGCCAUUAGUAAUUAUAAGUAUUUGCUAUACUUGUAUAAUACGAAAAUUUAGGCGAGAUACAAAA